AUGGACAAUCCACAACUCACAUCUUUGGGAUCAGAAAAGCUGACAGAUGAUGCUUCCCAAACCAGUGAAAACAACGAGGAAAAUGUCUAUCAUCCCGACAAAGCACCGGAUGGAGGUCUUCAAGCAUGGCUUACAACAGCCGGAACUGCUUGUACUUUCUUUGCAGCUCUAGGUUUUGCAAACUCAUUCGGUGUCUUCGAGGAAUACUAUCUUUCACACCAACUGAAAAAUGAACCCGCGGAUAAAAUUGCAUGGAUUGGAUCGCUAUCAGCAUUCCUUCAAUUCGCAACAGGCGCCGUUGGGGGACCAUUAUUUGAUCGUUAUGGGGCCUGGGUUAUCCGACCCGCGGCGAUACUAUAUGUAUUUUCCUUGAUGAUGACAAGUUUAUGCGAGAAAUAUUGGCAGUUCAUGCUUGCACAAGGCAUUCUACUAGGCAUCUCUAUGGGUCUCUUGCAAUUCCCAUCAAUGGCGGCAGUGAUGCAGUAUUUUGACAAAAAUAUUGCGGCAGCUUUGGGCUUAGCGGUCGCUGGAUCAUCUAUUGGCGGUGUGGUGAUUCCCAUCGCUCUAUCGAAAAUGUUGAACAGCACAUCGCUAGGAUUUGGCUGGUCCGUCCGAAUCAUUGCAUUCGUUGUGAUCCCACUUCUGGCCUUUUCAUGCCUCACAGUCAAAGCCCGAUUACCACCCCGAAAAACGACAUUUUACAUUCCUUCUGCUUUUACAAAAGUUGAUUUUUGCCUCCUUGUGUCAGCAAUGUUCUUCAUGUUCUUUGGACUUUUCACGCCUUUGUUCUAUAUUCCGACGUAUGCCGUUUCUCGGGGCAUGGAUGCCACUCUUGCCUCAUAUCUACUUGCGAUUCUCAACGCUGCUUCGACUUUUGGCCGUGUGAUUCCAGGUGUUUUGGCCGACAGAUUCGGUCGAUUGAAUGUUUUGGCAUUAGGUGGAACCAUCACUGGUAUCAUCAUAUUUUGUAUGAACAAAGCAGAGUCCAAUCCAGCUUUGAUAGUGUAUUCGAUUGCCUUCGGGUUCUGGUCUGGGACAAUCAUUUCUGGUGCAUCUGCUGCACUUUCCAUCUUGAUUCCAGAUCCCAGAGUAGGUGGGACCUAUUUGGGAAUGGCAUUGGGUGUUUCUUCAAUGGCUGCUCUGAUUGGACCCCCGGUUAAUGGUGCACUUGUUAACAAGUACCACGGAUUUUCUGAGGUUUCAAUAUUGAGCGGCACGACAUGUGUGUUCGGUGCGCUUCUUGCCCUUGUUAUAAAGACUCAAACCCCUCAAGGUCUUUUGGGACGGGUGUGA